AAAGAAUAUGGCCGUGUUAGGCCAGAAUGUGAGUGUAAAUAUGAAUGGACACAGUAAUAUUCAUAGUCAGUUAACAAAAUCAUUAGAAAGAAUUUUGGAAGAUGCUUACUUAAGUGGUGAAUUAAAAUUGAGCGGACGCAAAUUACGCGAGUUUCCAAAACCAGUGAAGUUUGACUUGAGUGAUACAGUUAUUGCUGAUUUAUCGAAAAAUCGGUUUGGGGAAUUGCCAGAUGAAGUGACCACAUAUAUUUUUUUAGAGAAGUUAUUACUGUCACAAAAUGUCAUAAGGAAUAUACCUGAUGCUGUCGGAGGUCUUCAGUCACUUACAUAUUUAGAUUUAAGUUCAAAUCAGCUCACGGAGCUACCGCGUGAAGUAUGUCAGAUGCCACUACAAGUUCUUCUCGUGCCAGACAAUCUGCUCAUGACUCUGCCGAAGGAGAUCGGCAAAAUGACGACGCUGGCGGAGCUGGACGCGUCUAAUAACAGGCUGACGCAGGUGCCAAUGACGCUGGGAGACUGCACAGGGUUACGCUGUCUGAAUCUAAGCAAUAAUCAGUUGGGACUUUUGCCUUUACAAAUCACAUACCUCCGCCUGGAACACCUAGAUGUAAGCUGUAAUUGUAUCUCUUCGCUGCCUCUGGAACUACGCAACAUGUCUACGAUCAUCACAUUGAACCUGGAAAAUAAUCCUCUAGUCUCACCACCUACAACUAUAUGCAUGCGCGGGCGCGUGCACAUAUUCAAAUACUUAGAUAACAUGGCGAAUAAGGACUCACUCACACAUAGAAGGGUAGAAGAAACACGCCGCGGUACAAAGCAUACGUCAUUCAACUCGCCGGGACAAACGCAGAUGAUAACAUCGGGUAACGCUACCAUAGAUUGCCUUAGGCAUAAACCCAGACAUGUAGUUGACAGCGGGUAUAGCACAGAUGGCGUUGAUAAGCGAUGGUCCAAUGAUGCGGGUGAAUUAGGAGGUGGAUCUGGUCGGUCGACGCCGAGCACUCCAUCGACUUUGUCACCCGGGGCAGCCCUCUCCAGAGCCCAGUCAUUGUCCAGCGAAUCUCCCUUGGCACCAUUGACACCUAUCCUCACCGGCAUCCGUAUUUCACCCGAAGGGAACGGCGAGGAUAAGAGUAAAUUAGCUCAUCAACAGACAUACAGACAAUACAAAGAAGCAUUAAGACAGCAGCGACAGCAAGAUGUCUACCGACCCCGCACCGACCAACCCUCACCAGAGCUAGACACUUCACCGCAAUCCCAAAACCAAAGUCCUGUCCACUUCCAGAAAUCCAGUUCGCCCGUCAACGGAUUCAGUAACGUAUCAUACAACAGAUCACUCUCUUCGAACUCACCCAAUAACAUACCAACAUCUCCCCUCCUACAUUCCACCCCACGCAGGUUUCAAAACGGUGAGAAAAUAGAAGAAAACAAGAGGCCCGUACAGAAAGUCGUACCCUCCCGGAACGUAGCAAAAACUUUUGCGCCCGUCAACUUGAACGUUGACUACGCACGCGUCAAUGGCGACGCGUACACAAAGCCGACAUCGCCCACAAAAUCCCCAACCAACACGUUAGGUUAUAAAAGGCAGAAUGGCGAGGCGAAAUUGUUGACGGCGUCGUAUUUAAAAGGUGGCGCGAAACCGAAGAUAUGGAGUAAGGACGCGGUGGACAAACUCAGCUUCACUAUGAAGAGGGAGUUCGAUAAGCAGAAGGAAGAGUCGGACUUGCUUCAUCAGUUAAGAAUGAUCAUCGAAAGCCGACUAAAGAUGUCCCUGCCUGAACAGUUAGCUCCAGUACUGGCGGAUGGCGUAGUCCUCUGUCACCUGGCGAACCAGUUGAGACCGCGGUCUGUCGCCUCUGUGCAUGUACCUUCACCGGCACAGCCGAAGCUUACAAUGGCUAGAUGUAGGAGAAACGUGGAUAACUUUUUGGAGGCGUGUCGGAAAAUUGGAGUCGAAGAGAAACUUAUGUGCUGCGCGGCAGAUGUUCUCGAAGGCAAAGGGACUGUGCAGGUAGCGAUCACGGUUACAGAGCUGUUAAGACGCCACUCUGUUAUCAAGGAGACACUUUCGCCGAGUUCGAUUCCAGUCCCUACACCGCCCACCUAGCGUAAAUUUACUUUAGCCCCUGAAUCCGGCCUCAUACUUUAGACUCAAUACUUUAGGAAGUGAAAGAGACGGCUAUAUUUUUAUUAGCUACGUUUGAGCGAUUUCGAACGUAUUUUUCCUGUUUAUAUUGAGUUAUGCUAGUCUUUACUAGAACGAGAUGUCUUUUUCACAGAUGUUUUUAAAUUGAGAAGAUUUCAAUUGUUUUGUGAAUUUUCUUCGUUACGUCACGGUAUAUAACAAAUUAUCUUACAUUCAUGUAUUGCAGGUCCUAUUGAUAUUGAAAAAUUUAUUUUAAAAUGAAUUGAUUUCUAAAUUGUUCGUCUGAUUGUGUGAUGUUAGAAUUAAUUUUUCGAAGGUUUACCUACACAUAGGUACUGGAUAAGCGAUCCAAAAUGUGUAUAGCGUUUAAUCGUUAUAGUUAAUAUGUAAUUUAAAAAAAAUACACCUCUAAGACAAUAGAUGGCAUGGUCUCAUAUCAUAGGAUUUUGACAUGUGGAAGAGUUCGUACUUAAUUUAGUCUAUGAAUCUUAAUCUUUCCAGUAGUGUUUAGAAUCCUAGUCAAUUUAAACCAAAUGUGACAACUACGUACAUUCGACCGACAAUAAUUCGAAGGAAAAAAUAAUUUUGCAGUUCCUACAAAUUUUACAAGCUAGACUUAGACUCACAUUCUUAUGUGCGACCUUUGACUCCAAACUUCAAAAUCUAAUACUUUUAACGUAUGGAAGUCAUACUCAGCGCUCGACCUGUGAUGAAUCUAACAUAAAAGAAAGUUGCAGAAGCCCAAACUUAUUUUUCCCUAAUACACUUUCGACAAUACUCAAAAGUUAAUUCUGAAUAUUAAUGUUUUAUAAAUUCGUGAAAACGUUUAUUAUUCGCAUUUCAUGAGCAUAGAUCGUUCUCCAUUCAUUAUAUUAAACCUUCAAAAUCUUUUAAAAAUACGUAAUGAAUUGUAUUUUAAAUAUGUAUUAUUCAAUUUACAAACGAUCAUGAAACAAUGAGCAGUGUUGGCCUAGUGGCUUUAG